AUUUACAGCCAAUUUUCAACACUAAAAUACUGUUUUCAUGUUAAACAGUUUAGUACUGUAAUUAGCAAUGCAUUGUGGGCUGCUUAACUUGGAGCAACACGAAAGAGGCCCUAAACAGUAUGCUGAUGUUUUAAAUUACAGGAUACUACAGUAUUUUUUGGAAACUGAGUGUUGACUUGGGAAUUUGGAGCACGGUCAGAAGUUUGAUACAACGUUAGUCUUUUAAAUUGAGGCUAGUGCUUUUGGUCAAUUUUCUUUAUAAAAUACAAAAAUAAUUUGCCAUCAACUCCUGGAGGGACUUCAGGAACCAUCAUUUGGAUAGGAGAUUUUCCAGAAGAGGACGCAACAUUUAGAUGACAUGUGCUACACAUCGAGUGUUCUUCAUCAACAUCCAUCGGGUCUUGCAUCUACAAAUAAACGGUAAUUAAAAUCUUAUUAACAUUUGAACAUGUCAUUUAUCAAUGAGGCUUAGAUUUGAAUAGCCAAAACAAUAUAACUUUUGGGUGUAUUUUUGUUUAAUUUUGGUAACAUUAGCCGAACGUCUGUAUCCCAGGAACAACAUGAGGCCAAUCGGCAGAUGGAGGCAGCAGGAAAAUAGUAUUAGGCUACUGGAAUAAUUACAUCUUGCCCGGUGAUUAAGGAUUUAUUUCAACCAAACCAUAGGAUUAUUGGAACAUCGGCUAACCGAGAUGGUCUGGUGAAUUUUAUUUUCUUUGUGUCGGCUUUUAAUGAAGCGUGUUUUACAAAGAGUUAACAAGAAAAUUAAGCUAAUUAGUUCGGUUAAAGAGAGAAACUUGAAUCAAGGCUUUGUAUUUUUCUGUUUAAACGGAAAAUUGGUGUGAAAAUAGUGCCUUUCUGGAGAGCCAGAGACUGGAAGAGAUUUACAGACAGGAGGGUGCAAGUGGAGCAGAAAGAGCAGAAGGUAAAAAUCUAAUGGAGCUCACAUUCUCUCUACAACGUCGCCAUAUAAAUACACUUCCACCACCUGACAUUGAAGAUUUGAAAACCAAAUGGCCUUUUCUUUUCACGCCAAGGUAUAUAUACGCACAUUUUGAGUUGCUCACAGACAUCAAUGUGCUUCAUAGCUUGGAACUCAGUAUGGAAGAAUGUGGAAGAGCCAUCACAGAAUACUUCAGGGGAAAACCUACCAACAAAGAUGUCAAGGAUAUCCUCUCUAAUGGUGAAGAUAAUGAGAUGGCACUUUGUGUUGUUCAGCUGCUCAUGGCACACUUUGGAGAGGACCUAACCGGGCUGAUCCUUUUUACAGAUGUGUCUGCCACUGCAGCUGACGUUGAGACAACUCUCAGUCUUCCUGCAAGUCCUCGCCUGAUACUGCCUGUUUCAGGUGCAACAGGGCAAGUCACAAUUAGAGGUUGGAUGAUCACCUUUGAGGGCCGUGUAAUCUCUGAGGGCAUCACACCAACAUUUGCAACGGGACUUGCUGCUGUGUUUGCAAUCUACUACAUAUUCAACCUUCAGUAUCAAGAUGAGCCAGCCUGCACUCUGGAAUUCAUUCAGAGGCGCUUCAUUGGUAUAAAUCCAGAGAGAGGGACAAAGGCCAAAAGGGGCAAGGUUGUCUCCAAGAAGAAAGGUGUGAUCGUCCAGAAGAAGUCUUCUGCAGUCAAUACACACGUCGCCAUGCUACUGAAGAAUCUCCUUGACUUUGAAUGGAACUUCAUAUAGAUCGUGGCAACACUGGAAUAACGCUGCAGAGAGGAACAGCGGCUACCAAAGUGAUGGUCAUCUCUCCUGGAUCCACAAGAACUAAGACGUAAAAACACAAGCCUGCCUCACAGGACAAUUUUAAGAGGUAACCUGCGAGUCUAGCUCGCAGUGGCACAGGUGCCUACCUAACAGUUUCAUCCCUAAAUGUUUUUAUUGAUGCAUAUUGUCCAAAUGUUCUCCUGUACUAUAAUAGUUUCAAAAUGGCCUUAAUGCACAUUUUCAAGUUUGUUUUCCAAAUGUUGCUGAUUCUGCAUAUGUUCAAAAUGUUAGUAUAUUUUACAUACAGCAGAGAAUACAUUGCAGAUUACAUAUGUAAAUCUUUUAAGUUGACUUUUGAGGAAAUUUUAAUCUAACUCUCUGACGAGCAAUUUAAGAAUUUAAGUUUAUUGCCAUAGUCUAAAGCAGACACUACUAGGCUGUUUCUGUUUGCUAAUA